AUUAAAUCUUUCUUUUGAAUCCAACAGUUCACUAAUGAAGCUAUACUGGUGCCAUUCUUGUAAAAUACAGUUCGAAGACUGCUUUAUAGAUGAUGAAGAACCCGUCUGUGAGAACUGUAAUGGCGUUUUUAUUGAGGAGAUCGAGCAGCAGGAGAGGGAUUCCGAUCAUCCCAAGAAUUUUGUACCUUAUACGCCUCCAGUACCGGAGCCAUCACCCCCUGAAAGCAAUUUCGGAAAUGGAAACAUCUCUUUUAUGGUAGCCCCUGGAAGCGGAGCUCAAGCGAUCAGGAUUAUCAACUCUAGUAGAGGGAAUGGUGGAGCCAGUGCUCAUGGAGGCAUGGUCGGAAAUCUUAUGUCAAUGAUCAAUAACCUUCUCAAUGGAGGAGGAGGAGACCUCUAUGAAGGAGGACAGACAUUCGACCAAAUUCUACAACAAAUCGUUGCUAAUGAUCCCAAUAGAUAUGGGCCUCCUCCAGCUUCGAAAGAUGUAAUUGAUAAACUUCCAAGAGGAACUUAUGAAGAUUUUUAUCCAAAAGAUGAAGAAAGUAAAGAUGAAAAACAGCAAAAAGAUAAAGAAGAUAAUUCUCAAUGAGGUGUUUGAUACGAUGAGUAUAGUUAUGAGGAUACACAAGAGCUUAUCAAGUUACCUUGUAAUCAUAUGUAUCAUACAGAGUGUUUGCUCCCAUGGCUGGAGAAACAUAACACCUGUCCUGCUUGCAGACAUGAACUCCCAACUGAUGAUAUCGAUUAUGAAAACAAUAAACUAAACAGCCAAAAUCCUAACUAUAUGCGUGACUUGCUACGCCAAGCUAAUGAGAAUCCUCCAGAUGGUUCAGAUAACAACGAGCCAGAUCAAGAGCCUCCAAGUAGUGGGUCGGGUAGUUCAAUGCCAAGCUAUCAUUUUUAA